AUGGUGAUAGACAAACAACUUCAGAUUUCCAUAACAUUUUUCAACAAAAUAAAAGAGGAAUUUUUUUUUUCCUCUUACACUGGUCACCACGUUCACCUCGCCGGUGAUCCAAACCCCAUGGAUGUCUCACUCUCCACCGCCAUAACCUGCAUAGCCAGAAAAUCACCCCAUUGCUCAUUCCUCUGUACAUACAAAAUAACGAAAAUGCCCUUCCCUCUCAUCUCUAUUCUCUUCUUGAACCUCAACUCAGGCCCUGUAAAAGCAGACUCCUCCGCCUGCUCUUCCCCUGUUCUUGAACCCGUCCAAAAUCCUCCCUUAAUCGACCAGCUGCCCGUAAAUCUACAAAAUUUCCCGACAGACGAUGGCUUUUCCGAUGAAAACAACAAGGAUUCAAACUCCCGAAUAAUCGGGCUUUUCAAGGAUCCUCAGACAGAGAGCCUCGGACACGAAAUUUAUCAGAAAUCGAAACAAAAACCGGGUUUCAAACCUCUGAGACGAACUCUGAAGCUCGUGUCAAGGUACUUAAUCCGCUCCAAGAAUUGGAGCGAUUUGUUUUCCUUCUGUGAGGAUUUGAAAAAUUUUCAGGUUCUGCCCGAUAGAUCCACUUGUUGUAGACUGAUUAUAGGCCCGUGUGUUAAAGCUCGGAAAUUCAGACUCGUCGAUAGUUUUCUCGAAGUUUUCUUGGCCAACGACAAAGAAACUGCGGUCCUGGCCUUCGAUUCCGCCAUGAAAGGGUACAAUCAGCUGCAAAUGUACAGCAGCACUUGCGCUUUGCACAAGAGGAUGAUAUCGGGCGGGCUCGAUUUGGGCCCGGCGUGUUACUGUCAUGUGAUGGAGGCUCACAUGAAGAUGGGGCACUUCGAAAAGGCGUGCUCGGUUUUUCAAGAAUUCGAGAAUCGAAAAUUUGUCGAGACGAUUGGUGACGAAAAGCUUUUCCCGGUCUACUCUCGUAUUUAUUGGAUCCUUUGCGAGUCGUUGGGGAAAUUGGGCCGGGCCCACGAGGCCCUCGAGCAUUUCCGAGAAAUGUCGAGAACCGGGAUUCCCGAAAACAAUGUGAUUUACUCUUCCUUGAUAAGCUCUUUCGCAAGCUUCGGGGAGGUCGAGAUGGCCGAGGAGCUCAUGCUCGAGGCCGAGAGCAAGAACAUGUUGAAAGAUCCUUCCCUCUUUUUAAAGCUCGUCUUGAGGUACAUCGACGAAGGCCUAAUGGAGAAAACGCUCGACGCAGUCGAUUUGAUGAAACGCGCGAACAUACGCGUCUCGGAUUGCAUAUUCUGCGCAAUCGUGAACGGAUUCUCGAAAAAACGAGGGCUUCGAGACGGUAUACGAGUCUUCGAGGACCUCGUCUCACGCGGGUGUGACCCGGGCCAAGUGACUUACGCGUCGGUUCUCAACUUGUACCUUCGGCUAGGGUUGUACUCCGAGGGCGAAAAAGUCUUUUCGAAAAUGGAGCAAAAGGGGUACCACAAUUGCGUGGUGGCGUACUCGAGCAUGGUGGCCGCGUAUAGUAAGGCGGGAAAGGCAAUGAACUUGAGGCAAGUGGAGAAAACAUGGAAGGAGAUGAAGAGGAGGAAAAUCACGCCCGACCAAAUUAGUUACACGACGGUUAUUGGGGCGUAUAAUCGGGCGCGUGAGUUGGACACGUGCGUGAAGUAUUACGAGGAGUUUAAGAUGACGGGCGGGAAAAUCGACCGGGCCAUGGCAGGGAUUAUGGUAGCGGUUUUUUCGAAGACGAAUAGGGUGGAUGAGAUAGUUGAGCUUUUGGGGGAUAUGAAGAGUCAAGGAACGAAAAUGGAUGAACGGUUUUAUAGGUCGGCUAUGAAUGCGUUGAGGGACGCCGGGCUUCAGGUGCAGGCUAGGUGGCUCGAGGGGAUGUUCAGAUGGAUCGUCGGCCUCUCAUGCUCCUGUUGGUUCCACCGGUAUGCACUCUCCUACCCCCAUUGCCAUCGGGUCCCCCAGUAUGCAAUCUACUACUCACGAUGGGUAUCCUAUUAUGAAUUCUCCUACUUAGAUGAGAUGAGCCCUAUCGAGACUACUCCAGAAGAGUUAGAUGACCAAAAUGAAACCUUUGGAGCGGAAAAAAAAAAAGAAGCUCCUAUUUGGGAUGAGUAUAAGAAGCCGAAGAUGGUGGCGGGAAAAUUAAAAGUUCAGUGCAAACACUAUAAGCAAUAUAUAUGCUAG